AUGCGAGAACGGGUGGACCUAAACGCGGCCGGGGUCAGCAUCGAGUCCCCGGCCAAAUUGUACAAAGGCGGAAGGUGGACCUCGCGGUACAUCCUCUGCAAAAAACAACCCGAUCUCCUCCAGCCCAUUUUCAUGGUCUACAAAAACCAAGCCACCCGGCACCACCAUCAGAAUUAUAAGGCAUCAUUUUCACUCCAGAAUUUUGUAGGAUUAGAAACAGGCUUUGAAUUAAAGAAACAAACGCAUACGCUAUCAAUAUUGACCAAAGAAGAAGUGAUCGUGCUCGCGUUUUCGUUGCCAGAAAAUCUGGUGAUAUGGGAGAGUUGGCUGAAGGCAAAUUGUGGGCAGAGUCAAAUGUUCUACGUGCAACUGUUACGGGUGCCAAAAUAUUCCCUAGCCGAUCACCUCGUGAAGAAGGAAGUUCGGCUACAUUUGCAUGAUUCCUGUUUCGCGCUCGUCCAUGGUCGACCUCAAAUAGUCCUCGAAUUCGUGCAUACUGAUGAGGCUCGUGUGGUUGAUAUGAAGCCGAAUAUGUUUACCUUUGGGAAUAAGGAUUGCCAAACCAAAGAAGAGAGCUACACCAUCUGCGCGGCUAGAUUACCCGUGUUUUACACAAUGCUGGAAAAAGCGAGGAGGAAUCAGGAUGAUCUCCAUUCUUAUCUCAAUUCGAAAACGAGCGACGGGGAUUGGAUCCCCGAAGUUAGCGCCUUUGUCAGAGCGCAUUCUUUGAGGUCAAACCCAUCAGAAAACAUUCGAAACCUGAUGAGCUAUAUGAACACCCCAAUUCUACCAAGAGCCUCGAAUCUGGAUAAAGGAAAAUCGAAAUCCGGAAAUCACGUCAGUCUACUACAAGAUCGACGUGUAAGAACACUGGAUAUGAAUCGAGCAAAUUCAUUGGCGAACAACUACUACAACACCUCAUCCAUCCAUUCCCCAUAUUUUGAGCGGGCCCGCGCCAGCUCCGACGCGCACAACUAUGUAAAUAUUAUUGAAGUCGGUGGAACGAGUGACAGUCGCGACUCCUCCUACCGAAGCCGCAUCUACAUUGCCGGCAACGGGGACAGCUCGGUUCAUUACUGCAAUAUCUACGAUUCUGGCAUCGUGCACGACCCGAAUAAUGCGUCAGGAAACAUGAGAAGCAACUCCCUACCCGACUAUGUAAAUAUUGAACACGGCAUGGUGCUACCUCCAAAAUCACCGAAUUACCAGAAGAAAUAUCACAAGAUCUCACUAGCCGAAAAUUUCUACUCGAACGUCGCUAGACCCUCUACCUCAACGGCUCAAGAUGAUAGGCGACGAUCGGACCAAUCUGUUUGGAUAAACAGGGAUAAAAAUCGAUCUAGCUACGGCAAACAGCGCUCCAUGGUCGACUUCCCCACGGCGGCGGAACCGCAGGAAAAACAGGAAAAUUGGAAACGAGCCAAAAAGUUCAUCUCGGCCUUCAAGCCGAAGAGUGAAAACCAUCUGAGCGGCUCCAAGAAGCGCGAGAUGACCAAGUCAAACAGCACGUCAGCGUUGAGUUUUGCAUCACCAGCUCGGAAGAAGCAUCACUCCUCGAUCUCGUCAUUUGCAUCCGAUCACUCUCACGAUGAAGACUCCCCGCCGCCAGCUUUAAAUAUAGCCAUGAAUAAUCCACUCCUAGGAAUGCCGUUCCAAAGAGGUGCUAGACCCCCAGACGGUCUUGUAAAAGUCAACGACCAACAAGCCACCAUGAUCAAACCAAGAGCGGGUGUUUCUGGAAUUUUGGCCAAAAGGUUGCACACGGCUGUUAGGGGAUCAUUUUCGAAAUACGAUGGGGAACGUGCCACUCAUCAUUACAACAUGGGAAAAGGCGACGCAUUACAACUAUCACCAAAGAACAAGGGCGAAAGUUCAGCUGAAGCCAAAACCAACGAAGACCCGCUUAAUGGGAUUAUGUCGGCAAUUAAAAGCGGUCAAGAACGGCUGAAAGAAAGUGAUCGGCGAGCUUCUACCGUAUCUUUUAAGCAGAACUUGUUACUUCUUCCCAAACGGCUGUCAAAAACCAUUAGUCAAAGCGCUCAGCAUACGAUUCGAAAUUCGUCAAUGUCGGGAAGCACUAGGAAUUCAAACGACUCUCUAUCCUCUGAUGCACGCUCAAAAAUAUCUUACAAAAAACGAUCAAGCAGCCCGCCAAGGAUUGCAGCCCCAGUUUUACCAUAUCGACCGCCAAGCCAAAGGACUCUAGUGUUCCAAAGUAACCGCGGCUCUUCCAUCGAUUCCUUCAACUCUCAUCAAACAGCAAGAUCCUCCUCUCCAGUCCCUUUGCCUCGAAAAACAAUACCUUCUGUGGACAGUACACCUAGUAUUCGAAGCGAGGUAUUACGCCAGCAUACCCGAUUGGAUUACUGUAAUCUGGCCAAUCCAAAGUCGGGCAAUGGCUCGACGUCUAGUAAUUCGAUCGGAAGCCGUUCGGAGUAUGUCUCGAUAUGCCCGACUGGGACAAAAGCUGCACAACAGGUUGGUAGUGGUUUUCAAAGUGUUAAG